CUCUCUCUUCCACGUCACUCGCGCGCACACAACAGUUAUAGUAGGCUCCCCCGCCCCCUCCUCUCUCUCCUCUCUCGCAGGGAUUCGUAUUGAAUUUGGGUCUCCUUCAGUUUGCAGAGAUUUUUCUUUUUUCAUCGUAGUAGUUUUCUCUGGGCAAAAUUUCAAGUAGUAAGAUAUGAUGCAUAACAAAUCAGACUCGGACGUCACGAGUUUAGCCCCUUCAUCACCCUCUCGCUCCCCAAAGAGGCCUCUCUACUAUGUUCAAUCGCCUUCCCGAGACUCUCACGAUGGAGAUAAGUCCUCAUCAAUGCAAGCCACACCAAUCUCCAACAGCCCAAUGGAAUCUCCAUCUCAUCCUUCAUCGAUCGGUAGGCACUCAAGAGCCUCAUCAGCUAGUCGCUUCUCUGGUCCCUUUCGCUCUUCUUCAGGUAGAAAGGGUAAUAGGAAGAGAGCCAAUGAUAGGGGAUGGCCCGAGUGUAAUGUGAUCCUUGAAGAGGGAGCUUAUGAUGAUCUUGAGGAUGAAGGACUCUCGAGGAAAUGCCAGAUACUUAUUGGAUUUGUGGCAUUUGUUUUGCUGUUUACGACGUUGUGUCUGAUUAUUUGGGGUGCAGCUCGGCCUUAUAAACCGGGUGUUGUGGUGAAGAGCCUCUCGCUGGAUGAUUUUUAUGCGGGAGAAGGAACCGAUGACACAGGAGUGCCAACAAAGCUAGUCACAUUGAACUGUUCCCUGAAGAUAAAUGUUCAUAAUUCUGCUUCAAUGUUCGGCAUUCAUGUUACUUCAAGUCCCAUUAGUCUCAUGUACUCUGAGAUUACUAUUGCCACAGGCCAGCUGAAGAAGUACUAUCAGCCAAGAAAGAGUCACAGGACAGUAUCAAUAAUCCUACAAGGAAACAAGGUCCCCCUCUAUGGUGCUAGUGCAGGUAUAGCUCUAUCGAGCACUGGAGGCGCAGUCCCUCUGACAUUGGACUUUGAGAUAUUCUCUCGAGGUGAUGUCAUGGGGAAGCUCGUGAGGGUGAGGCAUCGGAGACAUAUAUCGUGCCCUCUCGUCGUAGAUUCUGGCAGGAACAAACCUGUCAAGCUUAAGAAGGAUGAAUGUACUUAUGAGUGAGGGAUUAUACAUUGAGAUGGGAUUUUAGAAUCAAGUGCUUUGAUGUGGACAAGUUGAGAUUUCUACUUCAUGUGUAUACAGUGUUGGUGUUUCUGAUGGUGAACAAAAUUUUUUAGAGCUUGUUAUAAUAAUGUUUGAAAGGGUUGAUGUUUGCCAUUGUUUUUAGUAAUUGUUCAUUGAAAUGGAGGUUUAAAUC